ACUGACCUUGUCAUUCUGUUCCGACACUAUCUUCCCUUCUUUGUUUUGCUUAUUCCUUUAGCGAGAGCGCUGAUACGGUUGACUACCUUUAUCAUUUCUUUCUGGUUGCUACGUUACAACUUGCGCAUACUAUCACUCUUAUUGCAUGGUUAAGCUUCAUCGUCAGUUCCACUCUCCAUACGAUACCGAGGAAGACGAUUAUGCCUCGGCAGACUAUUCUCCUCAACCUUAUCGUCGCAGAAAAACGUAUCGAUAUCGUCCGGGCUUCCGUCAACAUGAAGACCCUUCAAACAGGUACAGAUGGAGAGAAACCUUCAGCGAUCCCGAAGACGGUAGUUUGUAUGACGAAUCUGAUGAACAAUAUUACUGGCCACUUCGCCCGCCCUACCAUGCUCAAAUGCCGCAACGCUACUGGGAGCGUCCGUUUUCCUUGAACCGAUUCCCGUCCCUCUCGCCUAGACCUCUGCCUCGACCUCUGCCGCGGCCUUCUGUUCAACGUCCGGGUUCCUUUUCUCCUUCUGGAUCACACCCAGACCAAUUUUAUGCCCGCGAAAGGACAUUCGAAGAUGAUUUAAGAUCGCCUGUGGGCGCCAGUUCCAGAAGACGGUUCUCACCAAGUCUUCACGACCCACACUUCGUUGACGACAAUGAGGAUGACAUGCAUCAUUUUUUUCCACCGUCCCAUUUCGGACACCCCAACAGCACACCUUACUUUAUGUCGGAUUGGGAAGCCCCCAUGACAUUGUUAGAAAACGUUGUACCAACUCAUCCUGGGCAUCCAUAUCCGAACCGACAACAAUAUCCAGAAUCGGAUAUGAUGUAUUCUCAUUUCGAUCACGUGGACGAGCCUAUCCCCUAUUAUGACCGUCAUCUUCUCUCACGAGGCAAACGCCAUUCCGUCAUGCACCCUCGUUGGGACGAUGUCAUGGAGCCACCCAAGCCAAAGUCUAUUUUACGACGACACUCUACAGGUAAACCUGGGCAUCGAAGACCACCAAUCUCUGUUGCCGAUGACGUACCAUCGAUGGUAGAACCCGUUUCGGGACCAGUGCCAACCCUUGAGGACGAGGAGGCACCGUUUGAAAUGUAUCGCCAAGCCCAUAGUGCGCCAGGAUCGCCACAGUAUGCAUUUCAGGAGAGUACAAAUUACGCAAAGCCUGUGCGCAGGCGGUCAAUUCACACUAUCCCGCAGCAUGACAUGGUAUCACCUGCAAUUGUGUCGCCACCUGUUCCAGGGAUGCCUCAACUACGCAGAGCUCGAUCGUUUAUCGAGCCACAUGCCGUUCACAAUCCUCGAAAUCUCAUGCUCCCACCUCUACCUCCAUCCAUGCCGCCCGCUCCUGCACCGCCUCCGCCUUUGACUUCACUGCCCAUGCCUAUGCAAACGAUCCCCCUUCCCAACUCAGCUGGAUCGCCCAUGAUGGUCCGCGAUAGAAACCCCGUACCAAGUGGUCUUUGGUUACCAGCGCAAUCGCCUCCACAGUUGCCAGGAUUGCCUCCUCAUGUUUUAAGACCCCCUCAACCAAUGACUAAUAUGCCCAUGCCGAUGAUGAUGCCUCCAAUGAUGUCACUUCAUGGACCCUCUUCUUUCAUGCCACCUUUGCCUCUGCCCUGGAGCACUUCCGGACCCAUGACAACCUCAACGUUCGACAUGCCCGUAUCCUCUCCAAUGGUUCCUGUUGUAACACAAGAUGCUCCAACGAGUGACACUGCAGCGCGUGCUGCCGGUUCUCCAGAAGAGAAUCCACCUGUACCACAAGCAGAAGGUCAAUCGACACAAGAAGCUAGUGAAGCAGCAGCUGAGAGUACUCCUGCGGCAGCUGAUGGGGCACUGCCAGAUCCUUCCGCUCCUGCUGAGCCAAGUGCAGUAGCCAAUCGUUCGAUGGAUAGUAGUGAACCUCGACCCACUUUAGGAAGAAGCCGUUCGCUAUUCAGUACUCUUUUUGGCGGUGGUGGCAGAUCUCAUCAAGAAAAUAUAUGGGAUCGAUCCGUGUACGUACCUAUUGAUGAAGUCCUCGGAGGUCCGAACGGAUUACAACCGAAGGAUACCUUCCCAGCGGCCGGUCAAAGAGGGGCAGCUGGCCUUUCACGGCGCGGUUCCAAGAAGCUCCAUCAAAAAAUGGAGCAACUCAAAGGCCUAGGAUCUAUCUGGUGCUACCGGCCUAGCCAUCUGGCCAGCCAGAAAAAUGAAGAGAACAACAACUUAUGGAUCGCUUUCAGCAUGAAGAAUCAACGCAAGUUACAUCGAGGCGGUACGUCCAGCAUUUUCCUUGACAAAGAGGACAAAUUAUCAGGCACGAUAGUCGUGUUUCCUCGCAACGGGGUUGCCUACCACUACCCGAGUUUGUUUUCCGAUCAAUCGGAACCCCUGGAAGUAGCCUGUCUCCCCUCGGAAGAUCAGCAAUUCUGUGUAUCACAGCAAAACAUCCCACAGCUUGCCGCGGGGAACAAUGGACCAACGACGGGCGUGGCUGCGAAACUGCUGGGAUCCAUGUUCCGUUCGUGAAAGUAAAAAAUUCUAUGAUAAUGA